AGCUCAGAGUAGACAGAGGGAACUGGGGAGGGAGGGAGGAUUCCAGCAGAUGAAACAUCUAGCUAUACUACUCUAUGGAUGAACCUCGGACGCUCGAUCAAACAGUUCACAUCAGCGACGGAGCGCUCGAGCGCAAACGCUCAAAGCCGAAGGUGUAAACUGAACCUCCAACACACUCACCCUGCCUCCCGGGUUCCGGUGCAGCGUGAGGUAGCCUCGUCUCACGGCCGUGCUGUUGUCUUUGCUCGCCAUCUUCCUCCUCGAAUGGUCGAGAGGAAACUCCGCUUGCCUUUGCCUUCGCUGACCCGAUCUCUGGCUCUGGCACGAUCCCUCCCCUGGCGCGCCGUCCGCCCGCUCCUGCAACUUCAGAAAGAAAUUUGAUAGCUGUUUGGAACGGAGACUCUGUAGAGUCUCUAAUCUGUUCUCACGGGCGGCACGUGUCUGUUCCCGCGAGUUCCGCGGGUUUUCAUGGGCAAAGGGCAAAGGUCACGAAAAUGAUCUAAGACCGCAGAAUUACAGUAAUUACUACAGACAGAGUAUGUCAUUUGCAUUUUAGAGCAGUGCUCAUAUCUCACGUCUGCGUCGUGCAAGGUCGGAGUCAUGAGCGGACAGGCGGAUAUUAUCAAGAAGGCGAGUCUGAAAGUGAAGGUGGUAAGGAGCAAGACUGGAGCUGCAGGCCUGCAAGGGCCAAAGGUUUUCAAAGAGUUUUGGUUCGUGUUCCGAGCCCUCGUGGGCGGAGACAAGAUUCUUGAGUAUCAUCAGAACGAGAGGAAGUUCCAGGAGUCUGCGGCCUACCCCAAGGGUGUGCUCCAUUUGGGGAGUGCUCUAGCCGUCAGCUACCACAAUCCGGAGAAGAAACAGCAGUUUAGCAUCGAGUUGGCCGGCGGGUCUUUCAUCUUUCUCGAAGCAGGGACCCAGAGCAUUGCCAGGGAAUGGAUGACGUGUCUCAACGCUGUCCUUUUCGGCAAAGGAAACGGACCAAAUGGAGCGCUGCAGUAUUUCGUGGAUGUUCCAGUUGGCAGCAGACUGCAGUAUGCAGGGCCUUCUCUCCUGGAGGUAAAGGACGAGGAGCUGACACUCAAGACCAACGAUGGGACGGCUAAUCUGGUGCGUUGGAAGCUGGCUCAUCUACGCUCGUUCAAAGCCAGGAAAGACACACUCACUGUCUUCAGUGGCAGUCGGAGUUCCACUGGGGUGGGUGAAUAUCUGUUCAGAACAUCACAGAGUGUCCAGAUAACCCACGCCAUCGAGACUGUUGUCAGGAGAUUGAAAUAUGAGGCACUGGGCUGCAACCAGCAGGAAUUAAUUCCACAGCAUUCCAUGUCACAUUCCGUGUCUGCUCCCGGGAUUGUACGAACUCGACCUUUCACCUCCGAGCGUCGGCGACCCCUCCCUCCUCCCCCUCCCCCUUCGCACCCCGCACCUUCCCCCAGUAUUACUCCACCCCGUACCCCAUCCCCCAGCGAGCUCUCGGUGAUGUCAUCAAUGUCUGGAGUACCAGACCACAUUCCAAGUGAGUUCGUUUCUGGCGGCGAGAAGACGCGGAACAAGAAGUACAUCCCGGCAUUCCGUACCCCGGAGUACUCCACUGUUGGGGACGCAGAGUCGGGGGUGGGGCCUGAGGAAGGGUAUGAGAGGUUGGACCACUCCAAGGCACUGGCC